CUAAAACCCUUUAAGGAUUAGGUUUAGCCAUCUUAUCCGCCUUGAGUUACUUGUGAUUUCCGAUGAUUCUCUCACGCUCAGUCUCUGUUCUUCAUUCCUGUGGAGUUUCCUCUUCGCCGAAACUCAUAUCCCAUAAGCUUAAAGUGGUCUCGUUUUCUCUCGCUUAUAGUUCAUCUGCGUCUUUCCGUUUUAUCUCUCUGAACCGAUCUGAACGAAAAUGGGCUCGUGGGUUUGCGUCUGCUACUGAAGCUGAAGUAGUAGAGAUAAAGGGUAAUGAUACGUUUUAUGCGGACCAAGCUGUUUCAUGGAAGUCUCUCGGCUUGUCGGAUAAGGUCUCCCUGGCUCUACAAAAUUGUGGGUUCGGAAGACCUUCUCUUACUCAGGCUGUUUGCAUACCAUCGAUAUUGUCCGGGAAAGAUGUGGUUGUUGCAGCAGAAACCGGCAGUGGCAAAACACAUGGAUAUCUUGCUCCAAUCAUCCAUCAGUUAACCAAUACCAACACCGUUCUUGAUUCAGAGCUUACGGAUGGAGAAGAAAGGCGGAAUCCACUUAAGAGUAUCUCUCUUGUUCUGUGUCCUAACGUGAUGCUCUGUGAACAAGUUGUUCGGAUGAUUAAUGGUCUUCUUGGAGAAGAUGGUAGUCCACUUCUCAAUGUUGAAGCUGUUUGUGGGUCCCAGGGCUGGCCAGAUAAACAGCCUGAUAUAAUUGUGUCGACGCCUGCUGCUCUUUUGAAUAACAUUGAGCCUAAAAGAAACAGGCGUGUUGAGUUCCUUCGAUCUGUCAAAUAUGUGGUGUUUGAUGAAGCUGAUAUGCUUCUCUGUGGAAGCUUCCAGAAUCAGAUUAUCCGUCUGAUAAACAUGCUGCGUUUUGAUGAGAAACAAGUGUCUCGUUUGGCCACUUCCAAAUUUGGAAAACCAUUGGAGAUCGAUGCAGAAUCUUUAGCACAGUUUGAUUUAGAGAAUGAGGACGAUGCAGAUUUCGAAGAAGACGGGUCUAUCUCUGAAGAAGAGGAAGAAGAGUAUCUUGAUGAUACCACACAAAUCCCCACCGUUGAAAAUGGAACUGGUCCUGAUAUUAGAAAGGGAUGGAGAAGAGUGAGAAAGAUCUAUACACGUAGCAAGCAGUAUAUUUUCAUUGCAGCCACUCUUCCAGUUAACGGGAAGAAAACUGCAGGAGGACUUUUGAAACAUAUGUUUCAAGAUGCUGUCUGGGUUAGCGGGAGCUUUCUUCACCGUAACAGUCCUAGACUUGAGCAGAAAUGGAUUGAAGUCACAGUGGAUACACAAGUUGAUGCUCUCAUAGAGGCUGUAAAGAACACCAAUAGCAGCACAGACAGGACUAUGGUGUUUGCAAAUACCGUUGAGGCGGUUGAAGCAGUAGCUGAUAUAUUGGAGAAAGCCAGUAUCCAGUGUUAUCGUUAUCACAAGAACCAUACACUUGAAGAACGUGCUAAUAUAUUAGCUGAUUUCAGAGAAAACGGUGGUGUCUUUGUUUGCACUGAUGCAGCUGCACGUGGAGUUGAUGUGCCUAACGUCUCACACGUUAUUCAGGCGGAUUUUUCCAGUUGUGCGGUGGAUUUUCUUCACAGGAUAGGUCGAACAGCUAGAGCUGGCCAAUACGGAACGGUGACAAGUUUGUACACUGAGGCUAACCGUGAUUUAGUGGAAGCAAUCCGUGAAGCAGUGAAGACGGGUCAGCCAGUGGAAACUGCAUUUAGCAGGAAAAGAGGUUUCAGGAACAAGCUUAAGAAGAGAGCGUUCUUGAAAGCCGGAGAAGCAAAGGAGUCUCAAGCUGUACGAGCUUAAGUAGUAUUAUGUUGUUCUUUUAGUUCCAUUUCCAUAAGUUUUGUUGUAUAUAAAACCACCUCAAAAUCAGUUAAGAAUUUCUAUCACUUUGUUUCAAUAAAAAGAGAGAAUAUGAUCCCCACAUUUUUUCUUCAAAUUUCAGCUUAAGCAUUGUGUUUUGUGUUUA